UUUCACUCCGGGAGCAGCGAGUUGUGUGGAUCCAAUGAGAUCACGCCGCGUUCGGGGCCCAAUGUGUUAGAACAAGCCGGUGACUGCAAGAGCAAAACCAAGCAAGCGACGCGGCGUGGUCAAAGCAUUGCUGAUUAAAGCGAUCUUCCUGCUUUCUGUAGGACAUUAGAUAUUAAGGAUCAACACAGAAAAGUUUUGGUUCAUCAUUAGGACAGGAUAAGCCUCUCUAAAUAUUGUUGUUCAAGUGUCAAGAGGAAUCUUCCAGUCAACAAGAGCCAAUAUAAAACUUGAUCUCGCUAAAGGUCACAAUGAGGGAAAGGUUGUCACUAUGGGCAGCUUUUUGCCUAAUAGUAGCAUUCCUGCCUUCUCAAACCGAAUCAGUUGCUGUGAUGUCUGUGGACUUGGGCAGCGAAUGGAUAAAAAUUGCUUUAGUGAAACCCGGUGUGCCAAUGGAGAUUGUAUUAAACAAAGAGUCCCGACGGAAAACUCCAGUCGCAGUGUGCUUAAAAGAAAAUGAGAGGCUUUUUGGAGACAGUGCUUUAGGAGUGGCUGUAAAGAACCCCAAGGUGGUUUACAGAUUCCUCCAGAGCAUUUUGGGAAAGACCGCAGACAACCCACAGGUGGCACAGUAUGAGAAACACUUCCCUGAACACCAGCUGCAGAGAGAUGAGAAAAGAGGAACGGUGUUUUUCAAAUUAUCUGAAGAGUUGCAGUACACUCCAGAGGAACUUUUGGGCAUGAUAUUGAACUACUCUCGUGGUCUGGCUCAAGACUUCGCAGAGCAGCCCAUUAAAGAUGCUGUGAUCACAGUGCCAGCCUAUUUUAAUCAGGCUGAACGCAGGGCAGUCUUGCAGGCUGCCCAUAUAGCAGGUCUAAAGGUCCUUCAGCUUAUCAACGAUAAUACUGCCGUGGCUUUGAACUAUGGAGUCUUUAGAAGGAAGGACAUCAACUCUACUGCACAGAAUAUCAUGUUUUAUGAUAUGGGAUCAGGCAGCACAACAGCCACGAUUGUCAUGUAUCAGACGGUGAAGACCAAGGAAUCUGGCACCCAGCCGCAGCUUCAGAUCCGUGGAGUAGGGUUUGAUAGAACACUCGGUGGCUUUGAGAUGGAGCUGAGGCUCAGAGAUCAUCUUGCCAAGCUCUUUAACGAACAGAAGAAAUCAAAGAAGGACGUGAGGGAGAAUCUGCGUGCCAUGGCCAAGCUCCUUAAAGAGGCUCAGAGACUGAAGACUGUGCUCAGUGCCAAUGCUGAACAUACGGCACAGAUUGAAGGUCUGAUGGAUGACAUGGACUUCAAGGCAAAAGUGACUCGCUCUGAGUUUGAGGCCCUCUGCGAGAAUCUGUUUGACAGAGUGCCAGGGCCUGUAAAAGAAGCUUUAGCUGCUGCUGAAAUGAGUAUGGAUGAGAUUGAACAGGUUAUUUUGGUUGGAGGAUCCACCAGGGUGCCCAAAGUGCAGGAUGUGCUUCUUAAAGCUGUGGGAAAAGAGGAACUGAGCAAGAAUAUUAAUGCAGAUGAAGCUGCAGCGAUGGGUGCCGUCUAUCAGGCCGCUGCGCUCAGCAAAGCCUUUAAAGUCAAGCCUUUCUUGGUCAGAGAUGCAGCUUUGUUUCCCAUACAGGUCGAGUUCAGUCGUGAGACGGAGGAAGAGGAUGGCAUGAAGACUGUGAAGCACAACAAGCGCAUCCUGUUUCAGAGAAUGGCCCCGUAUCCCCAGAGGAAAGUUAUCACCUUUAAUCGUUACACGGAUGACUUUGUCUUCAACAUCAAUUAUGGAGACCUCAGCUUCCUCAGUGAACAGGACCUGAAAGUGUUUGGAUCUCAGAAUCUGACAACUGUAAAACUGUCUGGAGUGGGCAGCAGCUUCAAGAAACAUUCAGAUGCUGAAUCUAAGGGCAUCAAGGCCCAUUUCAACAUGGAUGAAAGUGGAGUGCUAAAUCUGGACCGGGUGGAGUCAGUGUUUGAGACCGUUGUGGAGGAGAAAGAGGAGUCCACACUCACAAAACUUGGAAACACCAUUUCCAGCCUGUUUGGUGGUGGCAUCUCAGAGCAAAAUGCAAAUGUGACUGAACCAGUUACGGAUGAAGAAGAAGUGAUUCCAGAGGCUGGAAAAGACCAAGACCAGUCAGAGAAACAGGAAGAGUCUGCCCCGGAGAAAUCCGAGGAGGGAAAAGAGGGAGAGCCUCAGGCAGAGGAGAAAAAAGAUGACAAAGAAGAUAAAGCGGAAACUCAGGGAGAGACCGAAGCCGAAAAGACUGAAGAGAAAUCAGAUGCUGAGAAAGCAGAGGAGACCGAGGCGGAAAAGAAAUCCAAAAUACAGAAAAAGAGCAAAAUCUCAGAAGACAUCACAGUGGAGCUUGAGGUGAACGAUGUUCUCGAUCCCAGCACAGAGGACAUGGAAGUGUCCAAAAAGAAGCUGCAGGAUCUCACUGACCGCGAUCUGGAGAAACAGGAAAGAGAAAAGACCCUGAACAGCCUGGAGGCUUUUAUCUUUGAGACGCAGGAUAAGAUGUAUCAGGAUGAGUAUCUGGCUGUUGUGAAUGAGGAGGAGAAAGAGCAGAUCACAGGAAAGCUGAGCGAGGCUUCUAGCUGGAUGGAUGAGGAGGGAUACACUGCUGGCACUAAGGAGCUGAAGGAGAAGCUGUCUGAACUAAAAAAACUUUGUAAAGCCAUGUUCUUCAGAGUGGAGGAGAGGAGGAAAUGGCCUGACAGACUGGCAGCUCUCGACAGCAUGCUCAACCACUCCACCAUCUUCCUCAAGAGUGUUAGACUGAUUCCUGAGGCAGACCAGAUCUUCACGGAGGUUGAACUGAAGAUGCUAGAGAGGGUCAUCAAUGAAUCAAUGACUUGGAAGAAUGAGACUGUUGCUGAACAAGAAAAACUGUCCCCAACAGAGAAACCGGUUCUGCUCUCGAAGGACAUUGAAGCGAAGCGUUCCCUCUUGGAAAGGGAGGUCAACUACCUGCUGAACAAAGCAAAGUUUGCCAAACCAAAGCCUAAAGAUAAGGCUAAAGACAAGAACGCCACCUCCACAGAGAACAGCAAAGCUAACGACACCGCUAACAGCACAGAAGAUGCAGAGAAGGUUAUACCCCCCAAGAGCGAUGAUGCUAAAGAGGUGAAGCCGGCAGAGGAGCCUCCAACUGCUGAAGAAAAAGAAGAAACCAUACUUGAACUAAAUCCAGCAGAAAAUACGGAUACAGAAUCAACAGAGAGCAGUAAAUCUGAAAAACACAUAGGGGAUGAAUUAUAACAUCUGGAAUUCUUUAAAGUUAUUUUGUUAUAUUUAUUGACUCUAAGUGGUUAAAAAAAAAAAUCCCUGGCCCCCUCAGCAAAUUGGAACAUUUUGACAUAUUUCAGUAGUUUUAGUUCAGUGACCCUGAGCCAAAUGAGAAUACCAAUCCCAACUUAAAGCUUUGUGCUUUUUCCAUUUGUUUAAUUUUGCUUCUUAAUCCAUAAAUGAAUGAUCUUCUCCCUCAGAAAUAUGAUAUCUGUCUGUUUGAGUCACAAGGAAAUCUAAAUGGCAUGCUUGACUAAAGCAAACAUGCUGCUGUCCUUUGUGUGUGUAAAUGCAGAUCAUUUUGAAAUGGUUGUUUAUUUCAUGUCCUCUGACUCUAGACAACUUUGCUUUGCGUCCAGAAAUGUAUAUUAAGGAAAUGUGAAGUUCCUGCUGAAUAGUUGCUUAGCAGUUUGUCACAUCUUGUCAAAAUCUUCAGUUUUUUUUUUUUUCUGGUUCACCUUUUUCUAUUACCAAAACAUCUGUUUGUAUCUGUGAGCAUCUUCUGUGUUAAACAUCUGUAUUUAUGGACUUCAGUAUGAUUAGUAUGCACUGCACUGACAUCAAAAGAUUUUCACACAAAGGUUUUUUUUUUUUUUUUCCUUUACUGGUUUUGUCUUUUACUUGUUUUCAUGUGCAAGUCUGUGUGGAGAGAAAAAUGUGGAAAUGGGAAAAGAUUGUUUGUAAACCGUUAAUAGUCUCUGUUUAGUUUUUUUUUCUUUGCGCAUUUUGGUUAGAAUAAAGUUACUUUAUUUUACUGUA